CGGCAGUCUUCCACCUCGCCUCGUCGGAUUCGCAGGCGAGAACCCGAGCUCUCGCUGGCAACAUAUCGCCAUGAUGAUGAAUUGGUGCUUGCAGUGCUCUGGUUUCGUCUUCGUCGUCAUCGUUCAUCUUGCACACACGGCUGACCCGUUACCGUCCGAAUAUCCGGAGGAAGGGCAAAAUGAAUUGGUUUUCACAAUCCGAGAAGCGCCCGGCGAUGCAGAAGCAGAUCAGGAUUCCGUGAACAGAUCCGAUUACACGCAACAGUGGCUGCAGAACUUAGAAAAGGGACUCCAAGACCUCACGCGGAGACUGGAAGGCCUGGAGUCACGUUUCGAGGCGUUGGAGGCCAUGAAAGAUGAGACGGCCAGGGCCUUGUCCUCCGGCGAAUUCGACAACCUCGUGGAUUUCGACGUGGCGACGGGGAAGCGGGUGUUCGUCUACGAUUGGAAGAUUCCCAUGGAGACCCUAGAGAAUUACACUCUGGGAGAGAAACUGUACUCGGAGCGAUUCUACAUCGCACUCAACGGCUAUCGCAUGUUCAUGUUCAUGUAUCCCACCGGGGAUGCGUCCCGUCCGAGCGUCUUCUUGAGCUACGUCAACGUUUACGCCGGGAUCGCCAGAGGAGUCUACGAUAACUACCUCCUCUGGCCGUUCGUCCACAAAUUUCACCUGAUUCUCCUGGAUCAAACGGAAGACGGGGAUCCCGUGAACAUCGAAUACGCCGCGGACCCGAGAACAACUUGCAAGGAUGACGGAGAGAUCGGAGAGAUAUUCAAGAAACCAACGGCUCCAUUCGGCGGAGGCUGCGGAUCGUCGGCCUUCGUGCAACGCAGCGAACUCUUCACUCGGAAUUACAUCAAAGAUGGGCACAUCACUCUCCGGCUUAAAGUCUUUCUCGAUUGAGUGGAUCGUCCCAUGCAGUGUCAGCGUAAUUACUGUUGUGCGGUAUGUCGUCAUCAUUAGCAUUUCACUGAAAUAUUGUCCUGCAGUUGUGUAUCAAAUCAGUCGUUGGCUUCGGUUGUAUCACAGCUUGAAAUGUAAUGC